AAGGCAAUAGUGUGGAGACACUUCCUUUUGUGCGUGGUGGUGAAGCAGAGUGAACCCCAUGAAGGCCUUUAGCAAACUUCUAUAUUACAAGGUGGUGGGGCGCUGCCUGCCCACCCCAAGUGCCACACACCACCCCUCUACUGCAUGUGCAUCUGCACGUAGUCAUGUUGUUGCCAAGUCCCGCUUCUGGUACUUUGUUUCUCAACUGAAUAAUAUGAAGGAGUCUUCAGGGGAAAUCGUCAACUGUGGGCAGCAGGUAUUCAAAAAAUCCCCCCUUCGGGUGAAGAACUUUGGCAUCUGGCUGCACUGCAACUCCCGCAGUGGCACCCACAACACGCACCGGGAGUACCGGAACCUCACCACCACAGGCACUGUCACCCAGUGCUACCAACAUAUGGGGGCCUGGCACCGUGCCCAUGCCCACUCAAUCCAGAUCAUGAAGGUGGAGGAGAUUGCAGCCAGCAAGUGCCACUAUCCAGCAGUCAAGUAAUUCCAUGACUCCAAGAUCAAGUUCGUGUUGCCGUGCCCGGUCC